ACACAGCUAGUGCCACCAGAUACUGUCGUCGCCAGACUUCUGUUCUCUCUCUCUCUCUCUCGCUUUUGCUCUCCAUCCUUCUUUCGCUUUUCCAAAUGGAAGCUGCCAUCAACACGCUCAUCUGCCAGUUCAAAACCUUUGCUGGGAGCGAUGGGUCCUGCAAAACCCUGAGCAAGGAGGAAUUCCGCAGCCUGGUGGCCUCUCAGCUACCCAAUUUUGUCCAGAAUGCCAGCGAUCCCGCCGUGAUUGACCAGCUUAUGGGCUCGUUGGACAUGAACAAUGACGGAGAACUGACGUUCGACGAGUUCUGGCAGCUGAUUGGCACACUGGCGAAAAAGCAAGGAGGCUUCAGCCAAUAGGAGAGCUCAAGGCGAUAUUUAAAAAGCAACUGCUCUUCAACUCUUCUACUGCUCAUGUAUUACUGAGGUUCUGGUGCAGAAGUACUGUAACAUGUUGUGGUUUCGCUGUGGACACUAG